CUUCGCUCUCCGCGACCGCCAUUUUGUGUGAGGCCCUCUAUUCUAAAGCGGGAGAAAAUUAUCAGGCCUGUGCACAGCUUUUUCGCACGUCCACGGAGGAUUGAAGCAAUCUGCUGCACUCUACAGGCACUGAACUUAAUAUAACCACAAAAGAAGCACUCUGCGGGUGUUGACUGGCCCGUUACCAUGGAGGGCGAUGUCGUUUCCAUGGAAACUGCCCUGGCUCCCGAAGAGGGGGUCCUGCCAGAAGCAGGUGAUGCUGUGAUCCAAGGGUCAUCGGGAGCCCCACAAGCAGUGGAAGUUCCUGGUAACAUGGAGAUGAUGGUGAUGGAUGCCCUGGAUCCCACCCUGCUGCAAAUGAAGACAGAGGUGUUGGAGGGAGGGGGCACAGUUACUGUAACUGGUGGCGAUGAUGGUCAGAUUAUCACCCUUCAGGUUGUAAAUAUGGAGGAACAGGCUGGUGCUGCUUUAGGACUUGGACAACUUCAACUAGUGCAGGUACCAGUCACUUCAACAACAGUGGAUGGCCUCCAGGCAACCUAUGUUGACGGAUCAGCCAAUAAGGAUGCAGAGCCAGUUAUCUGUCAUACCCUGCCCUUGCCUGAAGGCUUCCAGGUGGUCAAGGUGGGGGCCAAUGGUGAAGUGGAGACUGUCGAGCAAGAGGAGCUUCAGGCAGUCCACGACGAGCUUCAAGGGACGAGGGCAGACGAGGAACAGGAGGACGCUGACGUAGCUGAUCAGGAACCUCUUGAGUCUCAACCAGCAUGGCAGAAGGACCCCGACUACCAGCCUAUCACAACUGUCCGCAAAGUGAAGAAGGGGAAAAAAAGCCGCCUGCGUUAUGCGGAGGGCGACAGAGACAUGGAUGUGUCCGUGUAUGACUUUGAGGAAGAGCAACAAGAGGGGCUGCUGUCAGAGGUCAAUGCAGAGAAGGUUGUGGGAAACAUGAAGCCCCCUAAGCCCACUAAGAUCAAAAAGAAAGGUGUAAAGAAGACGUUCCAGUGUGAGCUGUGUAGCUACACUUGUCCACGACGCUCCAACCUGGACCGACAUAUGAAGAGCCACACAGAUGAAAGGCCGCACAAAUGUCACUUGUGCGGAAGGGCCUUCAGGACAGUUACACUGCUGCGAAACCACCUCAACACUCACACAGGCACCCGGCCGCACAAAUGCACCGACUGUGAUAUGGCAUUUGUGACCAGUGGCGAGUUGGUGCGUCAUCGUCGCUACAAGCACACACACGAGAAGCCCUUCAAGUGCUCCAUGUGUGAUUACUGCAGUGUUGAGGUGAGCAAGUUGAAGAGGCACAUCCGCUCUCACACCGGGGAGCGGCCCUUCCAGUGCAGUCUAUGCAGCUACGCUAGCAGGGACACGUACAAGCUGAAAAGACACAUGAGGACACACUCGGGCGAGAAGCCGUACGAGUGCUACAUCUGCCAUGCUCGUUUCACCCAGAGCGGCACCAUGAAGAUGCACAUUCUGCAGAAACACACCGAGAAUGUGGCAAAGUUCCAUUGUCCACAUUGUGACACCGUCAUCGCACGCAAGAGUGACCUCGGUGUUCACUUGCGAAAGCAGCAUUCAUUUAUCGAGAGGGGAAAGAAAUGUCGUUAUUGUGAUGCUGUUUUCCACGAGCGCUAUGCUCUCAUCCAGCACCAGAAGACUCACAAGAAUGAGAAACGUUUCAAGUGCGACCAGUGUGACUAUUGCUGCAAGCAGGAACGGCACAUGAUCAUGCACAAGCGUACACAUACUGGGGAGAAGCCCUUUGCCUGCAGUCAGUGUGAGAAAACGUUCAGACAGAAGCAGCUGCUGGACAUGCACUUCAAACGCUACCAUGACCCCAACUUUGUGCCCACCGCCUUCGUCUGCAGCAAGUGUAGCAAGACGUUCACCCGCAGGAACACCAUGCUGCGUCACAGUGAGAACUGCAUGGGGGAAGUUGCUGGAGACCAAAACGGAACCCCACCCAAAAAGAGUCGCCGGGGCAGGAAGAGGAAGAUGCAAGACAGGAAUGAUGAUGAUGAGGACACCGAACCUGAUCUGGAUGAGAUGGAUGAUGAUGAUGAUGAUUUGUUGGAUGAGAUGGAGUUGGAACAGGCUCCACCAGUGGUUCCUGUUGCAGCCCCUGAAGAACCACCAGUCAAGAGGAAGCGUGGACGCCCUCCAAAGAACAAGCCAGAGGUCGCCGCCAUCAUCCGUGUGGAGGAUGAGGCCACUGGAGAGGUGGAUGACAUUAUUGUGAAAAAGGAGGUGGGCGCCGAGCAAGACGAGAUUGAAGAGGAGGGGGCCACACAGGAAGUGGUAGUCGGAGAAGGUGACUCCACUAUUCAGCUGGAGGAGCUGUCCCAGGAGGAGCCGGAGAUGCAGCUGUCAGAAGCCCCGCCUAACGGAGACCUCACCCCCGAGAUGAUCCUCAGCAUGAUGGACCGGUGAUGGACGCAAGGGUCAAUUCUGUAAAACACAGACCCCUCCCUCCCUGUUCACAGCAACAUCUAAUUCUUGGCAUUUAGGGUUCCAAACACUUAACGUAUCCUACAUAAACAAAACAUCGCUGUUGGAAUUUAAGGCUUGCUUUUAAAUCUUGCAUUGACAUGGAUGAGUGAUAAAGACUUUUAAUACAGAUUAUUUACCAAAAAAACAAUCUUUUUGACACUUCUGUCCCGGGGCAGGCUGUAAUUGGUCACAGUAUCUCUAGCCUACUCAUUGUUGUCCUUGGUGUUUAGAACAUUUGUAGAAAAUUGAUUCAUCACAGUUUAAUCAAUCUACUCUGGCAACACUAUAAAAGAUUACUCUUUCCCCCUGAAUCCAGAUGUGCAUGUAAUUAUCCAAAGCAUCAAUAUGCGGAGUCAUCUUUUGACACACCCCAGCCCAAUUUUUACCUCUUUUUUUUUUUUUUUUUUUUUUUUUAAACUUGUAACAUACUCUGUUGUUGAUAGGGGUCAUUCACAUCAUGUCAAAAUCGUAAUCACCCCGGCCGUGGAUGGUUCUGCACUUUUUCAAUUCUUGUUUCAUGUCCUUGCUGAAGAGCGUCUCUCAGUUGGGAAGAGUGUGCCCCAAAAGCCGUCUUUUCAAUUGGCUUUUCAGUUUCACUUCUUAAAUCGCCAUUAGCCUCUGGACAUAAAAAAUGUUAUUGCUUUUCGCAGACCAGAAAAUGUUAUUGUUAAUUACAGAAACAAAUAUUUGAUUUGGAAUAUUUUUUAUUGUAUUUUUAUUUUGUUUCUUUGCUGUGUUUAGUAAAACCCUAUUUUAACACCUAUUCUAGUUUAUCAAAGCUUCUAGCUAGACUGCUUACUUUAUAUCUCUUCUUGCUACUGUAACGUCCCUAGAUGAUGCAUAAUGUACAAAAACAUUUAUGUGCAAAGAAAAUGUUUGGGUUGUUUUGCUCCUUUGUGUAGCCAUUCCACUUUGGGUUCAUAAUUUCUUUUUUUGUACCAAUUGCAAUACCCUCUGGGCAGUGUGGUGUUUCAAGGGGCUGGCAGUUGAGAACAGAUGUAUGAUGGUACAACCAAUAAAAAGUAGACAUGGA